GUUGUGUUCGCCCCUCUCUCCGAGAAUCUGCGUUAUGCUGAAACGGUUCUCCGCAUUGAAUCCACGUGCGAGCUUUCGCCAGGGAAUUUGCUUGACUGGGUCCGCAGCCGAGAUGAGGCGACGAGAGCCCACAUGAUUGAGCUGAUCCGGCAAGGCUGGCCGCAAGGGGAAUCCUUGUCUAAGGUGUGGUCGCAGCAUGAGCUGAGCUGGCUAUCCCCAGCCGCCGGGAGCAACAAGCGGUUGUCAGCCGAUGAUUCCCAGACUUCAGGAUCCCCGAACAAAAAGAAGUUGAGGACCGCCAAGACAUACCAGGGCCUUGAGCUUGGCAAACGCUGGAAUGAUAAUCGUGGGUGUGACGGGUCUUGCGGGAAACUCGACGCCUGCGAAGUGCUCAAGGCCGAUGACACAGUUUGCCGGCCAAAGAAGCAUCGGCAAAUAGGAAGUCGGCCGCCCGGUGAGUGUCGUGAGGACAGUGUCGGCGCCACCUUUGCGGCGGGGCUUGGACGUUCUGCGGUUGUCCUUGCGGCUGGGCGACCACUCUUCGGCGAAGAUAGGCGCAAGAGGAGCACUGCCGCUGGAAUGGUCGCGAUCAUUCAGACCUCGCCUGCACAGUUUCCGAUGAUUUUGGAUACAAACAUUGUCACAGACAAGAAGUCGAACAUGACGGAGCUGGACCCGGCUGUGCGAAGUCACACGGGCAGCCAAACUGCAGUGCUGCAUUGCAACUUGCGCAGCUUACGACUGCGGGACUACGGCCCCCAGGCAGUGGAUGCCGUCGAGGCUGCUGAGGCAGCAGAAGCAGAAGUGGAGGCCAUAAUGAAGGAGGAGGUACUCCGCCGUGCACUGCUAGACCCAGAGGGUGAAGCCAGGAGAAGGAGGGUGCUAGCAAGAAAGUCGCAAAGUGGACGACGCAGGUGGAACUUUGCGGGGCGGGCCGCCCGUGCCCGCUCUGGAGACGAUCGCUACCGGGAGCACGAGGUAGAUUUAGAAAGUCGCAGAAAGCUUGCCUUCCAUGCACGGGGGCGUUUCAGAGGUUCUGUUGAAGAUCAGGGGGAUGAGCGGCAGAGCGGAAACAUGGACAAGCAAAGAGAGGCAUUGAAAGUGCAGCUUGCUGGACGUCCUGUUCCAGCUCUUCAGGAAAGGAAGCGCAUCCGCAGUGAACGCAGCCCACGCAAGGCAAAUCAUGGCGGUCGACGUGGAAGAGGGUUCCAGCCGAACUAA